CUGAUUGAGGGCUGUGGAACCCCUCCCUACUUGGCACCAGAAAUCAUUGAUGAGCAACCCUAUCAUGGUGCAGAGGCAGAUGUUUGGAGCUUGGGUGUUGUCCUAUAUGUCAUGCUGUGUGGCUACCUCCCGUUCGACAGUGACGACUUUGUGAAGCUCCAUGGACAAAUCACUAAAGGACAUUUUGACACUCCUGCUUGGCUGUCUCCUGGUUCUGUACUGCUGAUUAAGGAAAUGCUGCAGGUGGUUCCAGAGCGGCGCAUAAAGGUGGAGCAUCUGCUGGAUCAUGAGUGGGUAAUGAAGGGGUACAGCAGCCCUGUGGAAUGGCACAGCACAUGCCCGCUGGAUCAUCUAGAUGAAGAGAGCAUCACCGAGAUGGCUGUGAUGUUCAGACAGUCCAACCAAAGCAUCAAGCAGCUGGUGUCUGAGUGGAAGUUUGAUCAGACCACAGCUACGUAUCUUUUGCUCUUGAGAAGGAAGCAGCGCAGUAGUCCAGUGUGUAGCUGAGCGGAUGUGUAAGAAAUCCAGCAGGAGACGUCGUCGUGUGAAAAGGAGGGACGAUGGUGGCGCCAUCCAAUCAGGAAACCUUACAUCUCAAUUUCACAUUUCAAUGAUUGUUGCAGAUGUUUCUCUCUAACCCAUCCUCUCUCUCUCUUCUUUUACCAGAACGAUGCAUUUUGGGUAUCUGUGUGUGACUGGUUAGAGGAACUCCACUGAGGUGCCGCCCUUGUUGAUCCACACAGCUGUAUGAGAAGUGUAGAACAUGAAUGACCAGGAUCAACAAGCCUCAAGAUCUUAAAACAUUAAAUAAAAAAUAAAUUAUCU